GUGCGUUCGUCCGUACGUAUUGGAUAAACAAAUUCGACUGGUUUUAGCUUCCCAACGGAUUGCCUGUUGUACAUAGCGGACGAAAAUGACCCCAAGCGUCCAGGUGUAUGAAAACGCGUAGUGUGGGAUGGAUGGAUGCAUGAGAUCGCGGGGUGGGGCCCACGGCCAUUGGUAUUGGUAUAGUAAAAACGUGGAGACCUAGAUAGCCGGCUACAGUCUUCCUAGGAAAGGAUAAUUCUGCUCAACGGUCGAAUCGCAACUUUCAAUCGUCGGAAUUUCCCUCUCAGACAAAACUCCCGCUUUUAUGGCGGCGGAUUUCGAGGCCGCGGUGGAGGACGGGCUGCGCCUCUCCAAGAGGAUCUACUUCGGCAAGGACAGGGCGGUCGCGCCGCCCAAGCCCCACACGGCCAUGGAGCGAGCCGCCGGCUGCUCCUACCUCCCUAACUCCCCAAUGCUCUACGCCGUCAUCUCCGACCCUGCCGUCGUCGACAACCCCGACAUGCCCAGCUACCAGCCGCACGUCCACGGCCGGUGCGAUCCCCCCGCUCUCAUACCGCUCCAGCUCAACGGGGUUUUGCUCGAGGCCGAUUGCUACCUCCACACGGCCUUCGUCACGCUCUCCGCCACCUGGCGCGUCCACUGCGUCAUGGGCAGCCGCAGCUGCGAUUGCCGCAUCGCGGUUCCAAUGGGCGAACAGGGUUCAAUUCUAGGUGUGGAAGUUGAGGUACCAAGGAAAUCGUUUGGCACCGAAUUCAUUUCCGCGGACAGUGACAAAGCUUCGGAAAAUGUUGGAAAAACCGAAGGCGGGGGCUUCUUGAAAGCCCAUAUAUUCACUCUCACAGUCCCCCAGGUUGAUGGUGGAACCAAUAUAUCAGUUAAAAUGAGAUGGUCUCAGAAAUUACUGUAUCACAAUGGACAAUUCACCUUGAGGAUUCCUUUUAGUUUCCCUGAUUAUGUAACUCCUGCUGCCAAGAAGAUAUCGAAACGGGAGAAGAUAGAAUUGAAUGUUAAUGCUGGUCCUGAAACAGAGAUUCUGUGCAAAACAACUAGUCAUCCUUUAAAGGAGCGACGAAGACAAGACGGAAAGUUGAGUUUCCUCUAUGACUCCGAAGUUCUUUCAUGGUCAAGCAAUGAUUUUAUAUUUUCAUACACAGUAUCUACAAGUCAUACUAUUGGUUCUGUACUCUUGAAUCCACCAUUGGUAGGUGAUGUGGAUCGUAGAGAUAUGUUUUAUUGCUACCUUUACCCAGGAAAGAAGGAGAGUGGAAAGGUUUUUAGGAAGGAAGUAGUGUUUAUUGUUGACAUCAGUGGAAGCAUGAGAGGUCAACCCCUUGAAGAUACAAAAAGUGCACUAUUUUCUGGACUUGCGAGACUUGGUCCCAAAGAUUUGUUUAAUGUGAUAGCAUUCAAUGAUGAAACUUGCAUGUUCUCCUCGACUUUGCAGCCAGCAACUGUUGAAAAUAUCGAAAAUGCCAAUAAAUGGGUUAAUUCGAAUUUUGUAGCAAGUGGUGGCACAAACAUUCUGCUUCCCCUAAAUCAGGCCAUCAAGAUAUUAUUAGAUAAUUCCAACUCAAUUCCCAUAAUUUUUCUUAUUACUGAUGGGGCUGUUGAAGAUGAGAUAAAUAUUUGCGGCACUGUGAGAAAUCAGCUAACAAACUACAAAAAUAUUUCUCCAAGGAUAUACACACUGGCCAUAGGGAAAUUUUGCAAUCAUUAUUUUCUUCGGCAGCUUGCAAUGACUAGUCAUGGACAUCAUGAUGCUGCUACUGACGUGGAAUCUAUUGAGUCUCGACUGGAAGGUCUUUUUGCUAGAGCAUUAUCCAUUUUUCUGGCAAAUAUUGCUUUCCAGAAUUUAGAUGGACUUGAUGAUCUUGAGGUGUUUCCUUGCCAAAUUCCGGACCUUUCCUCUGAAAGCCCCUUUGUUGUGUCAGGCCGAUACCGGGGAACAUUUCCUAAUACCCUAAAACUCAAUGGUCGCCUUGGAGAUAUGUCCGGUUUUACUCUAGACCUGAAUGUGGAAGAGGCAAAGGAGAUACCUAUAUCAAAGAUGGUAGCCAAGCAUCAAAUUGAAUUACUCACAGCUCAGGCAUGGUUUUCAAAAAAUCAGGAGCUUGAGAAGAAGAUAGCAAAAAUGAGUGAGCUGAAUAGUGUCGUCUCUGAGUACACGAACAUGGUUUUGCUUGAGACACAAAGAGGGAAAGCAAAUGCAGAUACGAAAAAGUCAUCCAGAAAAGGCGACUCUCAUCACAAGGAAGAGCCAAAGCCAAAAGUGAUCUCCACAAUGCACAACAUCGGGCUCGGGUAUGGCAGUCUGAGCGCAACAGGGGAGAACAUCCCGUCAGGGUACGGUGACCCUGACGAGCUCGAGGCUGCUGAAGUAUUAGCAAAGUCUGGUUGUGGGUGUUGCGGGAGGUGCUGGAGGCACUGCUGCUGCAUGUGCUGCAUCCAAGUAUGCUCGCGGAUGAACGAUCAGUGCGGCAUCGUCUUAACUCAGCUCAUCAGUGCCGUAGCAUGCUUAGGCUGCUACAGCUGCUGCAGUGCGUGCUGCGGUGGGGAAGAAUGAUGAGAGUUCGAAACAGAAGUACAUAACCCACAAACUUGUAUAUUUAUUAAUAUCUCUUCUAUAUAGAUGUUUCAGCUGCUGUUACAAAACAUUAUAUUAUAAUUUUAUAAGUUAAAUAUUGGGUGAUGAUUA